AUGACUGCCGAAGCCAAAAUAACCAAGCUGGUAAUGUUGAAUGUAGUUGAUGCUACUUUCAAGGCAGAGUUUUUUCAAAAAUUCUCGUCUUGGAACAAACUGAAAAGAGUAGUUGCCUAUUGUUUUAGAUUCAUGAAGAACUGUUCUGUCGCUGCAGAUAAAAGAAACAAAUCCUUCUUAACAACGGCAGAAUUGAAUGAAGCCGAGAAGAGAAUAGUCAAAUUCAUCCAGCAAGAUCAUUUUCCGACGAAAGUCUCCUAUCUUUCAACAGGCAAGCAGCUUCCUUUGAAUAACAAGCUUAUCCCCGUGGCUCCAUUCUACGAUGAUUCCGGAAUAAUUCGUGUCGGUGGUAGACUGAAAAAUUCGAUGCUUCCAGAAUCAAAGAAGCAUCCCAUCCUGCUUCCUAAAACCGACCCUGUUGUGAACUUACUUAUCACGGAUUAUCACUUGAAACUUCUUCAUGCCGGUCCGCAACUUCUCCAAGCAGCUCUCGGAGAGAAAUUUUGGAUUCUUUCAGCCAGAGAUGCAGUUAGAAGAGUGGUGAGAAAAUGUAUCCCAUGCUUCAGAAAUCGUCCAAGGCUCGCCGAGCAAAUCAUGGGAGAUCUUCCAGAGUCCAGAGUUUGUCCCUCUUCUAUAUUCCAAAGAACUGGUCUUGACUUCGCCGGUCCAUUCUUGAUACGGAACUCCAAGGGAAGAGGCAGCCGAAAUACUAAGUGCUACAUAUGCGUCUUCGUCUGCCUCGCAACGAAGGCAGUUAAUCUUGAAGUCGUCAGCGACUUAACCUCAAAGGCAUUUAUUGCUUGUGUAAAAAGAUUUGUGGCACGCAGAGGUAGACCUUCAGAUAUCUUCUGCGAUCAAGGACCAAUUUCUACGGAGCUAGCAGAGAGCUCAAAAAGGAGUUCCGGCAGUUGA